ACAUCAUUGUCGCAAGUGUGUCGGUCCAAACGUGUCAGUUUGCAACUAGUCACCACAGAACAAAUAGGAAAAAUGGCCGCUACGGAAACGAAGCUUAGGAAAGAAAUUCAAACGCCUGUGUCUCAUUCCGGAAGUAAGGUAACCAUCGUCGGUGCCGGUCAGGUGGGUAUGGUGGUCGCAUUCAGCAUCAUUACGCAGAACAUUGCGUCUGAAUUAACGUUGCUGGGAGUGACCGAGGACAAGCUGAAGGGAGAAAUGAUGGAUUUGCAACAUGGUUUAUCCUUUGUCAGUAACAUUAGAAUUACUGCUGGCACAGAUUAUGCCUUAUCAGCUGGAUCGAAAUUAUGCAUUUUGAGUGCUGGAGCCCGCCAGCGUGAGGGGGAGUCCCGCUUGGAUUUAGUUCAGCGCAAUGCGGACAUAUUCAAAGGCGUGAUUCCUCAACUCGUUCAACAUAGUCCCGAUACUAUCCUACUCGUUGUUUCUAAUCCCGUGGAUCUGCUGACGUACGUGGCCUGGAAAUUGAGUGGUUUACCAAAAGAACGUGUCAUUGGAUCCGGGACAAAUGUGGACUCUUCACGCUUCCGUUUCCUCCUCUCUGAACGAUUUAACGUUGCCCCAAUUUCGAUCCACGGUUGGAUAAUUGGUGAACACGGUGACUCGAGCGUUCCUGUGUGGUCUGGUGUCAACGUUGCUGGCGUUCGUUUGCGAGACCUCUACCCUGCGGCAGGCACGGCUGCAGACAUGGAGAGUUGGAAUGACAUUCACAGACAAGUCGUUCAGAGCGCAUAUGAAAUAAUUCGAUUGAAGGGAUAUACUUCCUGGGCCAUCGGCUUGAGCGUUUCUGUUCUGGCCAUGGCCAUUCUGAAGAACACCCGGAACGUGUUUGCAGUUUCGACAUUUGUUCAAGGAACACACGGGAUUGAACAUCCUGUUUUCCUUUCCGUUCCAUGCGUUCUUGGGGAAAACGGCAUAAUCCACAUCAUCCGGCAGACGUUAACAGAGGAUGAACUCGAUCAACUUCAGAAUUCAGCUGCAACAUUAAACAAAAUUCAAUCGAAUUUGAUAUUUUAAAAAUACUGUAACGGUUAACUGUGAAUGGCCAUCGCAUUGCAGGGAUUGUGUGUUUAUUACACAACAUAAA